ACGCCCCAUGUAUCGCUGCAGCGAGCUCCUCCUGGAGCGACAGAGACGCCUCGGCUCGGUCUGGUUUUGAGCGCUUGUUGGUCCCAGUCAGCUUCGGCUUCAUGCAGCGCGCGUCACUGGCAGUGGGCGGUCUCGGCUUUAGCGCGUGUGCAGGUUGUUUGUCUGCUGGUUGGCGCACGGUUAACAGCUGGUCUCGUUCACACUACAGACGGGAAGCUUACCUGUCAGCCACUUUGCCCCCGGAUAUUGUCCUCUUAUACUUGUAUCACCACCUGGAAGCUCUCCAUCCCCGCAACAUGGCAGAGGCCCCAGCAUCCAGCUCCUCUGAGGACGGCCUGCCAGUGCCGUGGAAACGUUUCAAUCAGCGAAGCAGGAAGUCUGGAUGCUCCAACAUCUUUACAGGGGUCAACCUGCACCAGCUGCACAGGCUGUUCAAAACUGCAGGAGACAGACACGCUGAACAUCGGGCGAAGCUGGUGUGGCGAGGGAUGGAUGCAGAAACGCAGAGGGAAGAGGAGGCCAAAGAGGAGGCCAAAGAGGAGGAAGUAGAGGACAGGGGGGAAGAGGCAGGGCUGGCCCAGGCCUUGGUGGGGCUCCGAGUCCGAGCAAGGAAUCAAACGGGUAUCAGAGCAGAGGGAUACAAGGACCACAGGUGGCUCAGAGGAUCAGGGUAUCUCAGGAUUGAGGAGCCGUUAUCCAGCUCCACUGUUGAGGACCAGGAGACUGAGGAAGACCUCCCAGAGAACCGAAACCCCUUUAAACCUUCCUCACGGAGGUUGGGGGUGGCAAGACAGGAGGGUGCUAAGCACUCUGAACGCUAUCUUCACCGCAUCCUCCACUAACGGUCUGAACAACACAGUGAAGGGAGCUGGAACACAACAUGUAUUCUGAAUGAAGAGGGCAGACUGUACUGCUGUCAGCCCCUACUGCUAACAUGUACUUACGUGUUAGAGAAGGACCAGUGCACUUUGGUAAACCUGGGGAUUAGUCCAACGACUAUGGGAAAUUCAAAUGUGUAUGUAGAUUAACACAGAAUCAAAGCGGCUAUCAAAAGCAGCUGCAUUUGCAGGAGACGGACAGAAAGAAACAAGCCUUUGUGGCCUGAAAUUAAAUCUUGAAUGUGCAUGAGACCAAUGAUCUUUAAAGCAUGCCAAUUAUUAUGUCAGCAGUUGGUGUCGUAGUUGCCAGAACUUGUGAUAUUAUCACAGUAAACAGGGCAGGAUGUUGUGACACUGCAUCAAGAGCACCUUAGAAGCAUUUGUAUUAGGGUAUUUUGUGGUUUUACAACUUAAUACUGAAAUAAACGGCUAAAUUAA